GAAAGCUUACGGAAACGUGAAUUGAAAAGAUUAAGCUAAAAUUUCUUCAAAUAGGUCUUCGAAAUGAGCUUGGUCUCUUUGUUCCCCCAUUCGAGUACUGUAAGCUACGACGACGUUUCGUAAGCCCCUAAACCACUCCAUGAAGACAAAAACGGGUCAACUUGAAGCCCGAGUUCUUGUGGGAAUCACACGCCUGUGGAUGACACACAUUCAACCCAACAGUUCCAAUCGAAUCUCUCGCCAAUCGCCACUCCCUUCUCUCACUUCACAGCUCCAACAAAGGAAAGGCUAAGGCUAUCUUCGGGCUGCCAGAAAAAUGGGUUUAGGCUUGUUAGCUUCAAGAACCCUAAAAUCGUCAAGAAUCCUCCAUUCCCAACACUCUAGAUUCCGACCCAUCGUCACCAAACCCGAGCUCCAAUCCCCCGACGCCUCAUCGGCAGCAGCAGCAGCACCGCAGCCAGAAACCACUCCUUCUCCACCCAAGAAACCCGUUGGCGGUGCACGGAUCCACUUCACGAACCCGGAUGAUGCCAUCGAGGUUUUCGUCGAUGGCUUCCCGGUGAAAAUCCCCAAGGGCAUGACCGUUCUUCAGGCCUGCGAAAUUGCUGGUGUUGACAUUCCGAGGUUUUGUUAUCAUAGUCGACUUUCAAUCGCUGGGAACUGCCGUUUGUGCCUCGUCGAGGUUGAAAAAUCCCCCAAGCCCGUCGCCUCUUGCGCCAUGCCUGCUCUCCCAGGAAUGAAGAUUAAGACGGAUACACCUUUGGCAAAGAAGGCACGUGAAGGAGUAAUGGAGUUUUUGCUGAUGAACCAUCCACUUGAUUGUCCAAUCUGUGAUCAGGGUGGAGAAUGUGAUCUCCAGGAUCAGUCUAUGGCAUUUGGAUCUGAUCGUGGUCGUUUUACUGAAAUGAAGAGAUCUGUUGUUGACAAGAAUCUUGGUCCUUUAGUAAAGACUGUCAUGACUCGGUGCAUUCAGUGUACAAGGUGUGUCAGAUUUGCAACAGAAGUUGCUGGUGUUCAGGAUCUCGGCAUGUUAGGUCGUGGUAGUGGAGAAGAAGUCGGUACUUAUGUUGAAAAGCUUAUGACAAGUGAACUUUCUGGAAAUGUAAUUGAUAUUUGCCCUGUUGGAGCACUUACCUCUAAACCCUUUGCCUUCAAGGCCCGAAACUGGGAGUUGAAAGGAACCGAGACCAUUGAUGUAACUGAUGCAGUUGGAUCCAAUAUUCGGAUUGACAGCAGAGGUCCGGAGGUUAUGCGUAUCCUUCCACGUUUAAAUGAGGAUAUAAAUGAAGAAUGGAUAUCAGAUAAGACUCGUUUCUGUUAUGAUGGUUUGAAGAGGCAAAGGCUAAAUGACCCUAUGAUUCGUGGUGCUGAUGGGCGCUUUAAGGCUGUGAGCUGGCGCGAUGCUUUGGCUGUUGUUGCUGAGGUUGCCCUUCACGUUAAACCCGAGGAAAUUGUUGGGAUCGCUGGUCAACUUUCUGAUGCUGAAUCCAUGAUGGCACUAAAAGAUUUGUUAAACCGCAUGGGAUCAAACAAUGUGUGGUGCGAAGGAACCGGCACAAACCCUAGUGCUGAUCUGAGAUACAGAUAUCUUAUGAACAGCAGUAUUGCUGGUCUUGAGAAGGCAGAUGUGUUCCUUCUAAUCGGAACCCAGCCAAGGUAUGAAGCUGCUAUGAUAAAUGCCAGAAUCCGCAAGACCGUUAGGGCAUCAAAUGCUAAGGUAGGCUACAUUGGUCCUCCUGCAGACUUCAACUAUGACUACCAGCAUCUUGGCGUUGGGCCAAAAACACUUCUUGAGAUUGCUGAAGGACGUCAUUCUUUCUGCUCAGCCAUCUUUAAUGCCAAAAACCCAGCCAUCAUUGUUGGCUCUGGACUGUUCGAGAGGGAGGACAAAGAAGCAAUAUUUUAUGCUGCUGAAACCAUUGCAAAGAAUGGGAAUGUCAUUAGACCUGACUGGAAUGGAUUCAAUGUUUUACUUCUCAGUGGUGCCCAGGCUGCAGCCCUUGACCUUGGCCUUGUUCCAGAAUCUAGCAACAGCAUUGAGUCAGCGAAGUUCUUGUAUCUAAUGGGUGCUGAUGAUGUGAAUUUGGACAAAGUUCCAGCAGAUGCUUUUGUGGUGUAUCAGGGGCACCAUGGGGACCGAAGCGUCUAUCGUGCCAAUGUAAUUCUACCUUCAGCAGCAUACAGCGAGAAGGAGGGUACAUAUGAAAAUACAGAAGGCCGCACUCAACAAACAUUGCCCGCCGUACCUACAGUUGGCGAUGCUAGGGAUGAUUGGAAGAUCAUUCGAGCACUCUCUGAGGUUUCUAGAAUUUGUUUACCUUAUGAUACACUAGGAUCCUUACGCUCCAGGAUGAGGACCGUAGCACCAAACCUACUGCACGUGGAUGAGAUAGAGCCAGCUACAUUUGGACCUUCGUUGAGUAUAGACUGUACCCAAGAGAUAAAUUUGACACCAUUCAAAGCAGCUAUCGAGAAUUUUUACAUGACUAAUUCUGUUACCAGGGCAUCAAAAAUAAUGGCACAAUGCAGCGCAAUGCUAUUAAAGGAGUGAGUGGUGGGUUACUAAUCUUGAUGAACUUUUGAGAUUCAUCUUUUUUCUUUUUUGGUUCCAUUGUGUCAUACCUAUAUAAGCCUGCACUGCCGAGCUUCUCUGAGCAGUGGCUUAUAUGCCAAAUAAAGGAAUUUGAGGUCCUUUUGUUUCAAUCAAUGUAAUAUGAUUUGCAAUGUAAAAGCAUUUUUCCUGGUAAAACACUGCCUAUAAGACUCAAAGGGUUACUUUGAGAUUGAGCAGAGAUUUUGCUUGUGCUUUAACCUGAUCUUAUAAAUAUUUAAGAGUUAAAGUUUCUAA